AUGUCGUUUGAGCUGACUCUGGAGCAUGCGAUUCGCCUUCUGCACUCUUCCCUGACCCUGUUGACCUCUCUGGUCGGCUUCAUAGCGAUUGUGGCCUUUGCCACACAACGUUCUCCCGAAAUCUCGUCCGCUCCGCUAUUCACACCGACCAAAUCAGCGGCAGGGAACCGGAAGAGAAGAUGGAUGUACGACUCCGUCAAUCUUCUUCAGGAAGGUUACAAAAUGUUUCAGGGCAAGCCGUUCCAGAUCUGGACCACCGAGGGAGCUCAGGUGGUCAUCCCCCCGGACUUUGUGGAUGAAUUGAAGAUGCUCCCAGACCAUACCUUUCCGUCGGCGCUUCGUCAUUUCUUCCUGCACAAGUACCUGUGGCCGAUCGACCAGCACAAAUUGGAUUAUGGACAUGUCGUGAUCAAGAAUGACCUGAACAAGAGCAUGAGUCGAGUUUUCCCCGAGCUCUGUGACGAAGUCGAUGCCGUUUUCCCUCUCGAAUUCCCUGAAUUCAAAGGAUGGACGCCCAUCCAAGUGUACCCAAAGAUGCUUCGACUGGUCAGCCGUAUCAACGGCAAGAUCUUUGUCGGUCCCUCACUCUACGAUAAUGAAGAAUGGAUCACCAUCAGCUGCAACUACACCAAAAAUCUUUUUCUCUCAUCCGCCAAACUCCGUUUCUUCCACCCGUGGCUCCGUCCUAUGGCCCAGUUCUUUAUUCCCGAACUCCGCGCUGUCUGGAAAUGCAAUGAGCGAGCCCAAGCCCUCCUGACCCCCGUGCUCCACCAGCGUCAAGCUCAAGAAGCCAGCGCCAGUAAAGGGGGUGGUGGGGAGUACAAGAAGCCCAACGACUCCAUCGAAUGGCUUCGUGAUCUCGUCCCUGGGCCAGACAAGAACGACCCGCUCUUCCAUGCUAUCUCGCAAUUGGGCAUCGGGGCCGUGUCCGUGAACACCACAUGUCAACUCCUCACUAACUCGCUAUUCAACCUCGCCGCCUAUCCGGAAUAUCUCCCUAUGCUGCGGGAGGAGAUCGAGUCCGUUUGGGCCGCCAACAAUCAACACUGGACCUUAGCUAGUAUGGGCCAGCUGAAGAGGUUGGACAGUUUCAUCAAGGAGACGUUGAGAUUCAAUGGACAUCUGACGGCAACUUUCCAACGUGUCGCCCUCCGGCCCAUCACCUUGUCGGACGGUACGACCAUCCCUCCAGGAACCUACACAUUCGCACCCACCAACGCCGUUAACUUCGACUCGGAGGUCUAUCCUGAUCCGGAGGCUUUUGACGGCCUGCGUUUCUACAAGCUGCGACAAGCUUCGUCCGCAAACGAGAGCAAGUACCAGCUGACAUCAAUCACGAAGACAGAGCUGCAGUUUGGUAGUGGAAGACAUGCUUGUCCUGGACGGUGGUUCGCGAGUCAUGAGAUCAAGCUGGUGCUAGCGGCGGUGAUUCGGCGCUUUGAUUUGCGGUUGAAGGGGGAAGAGCGGCCAAAGGGAAUGUUGUUCCAGACAAAUCAGUUGCCAGAUGUGAAGGCGGAGAUCCUGUUCAAGGAGAGGAGGAUGUGA